UCCUAUGACGCAAGACCAAAGAGAAGAACUUCCUGUCUCCCCUGUCUCUCCAAAAAUGGCGGACACGUGUGGCCAAGUAUUGCUGGGCUCAGGGCUCACCGUCCUCUCCCACCCUCUGAUGUACAUUAAGGUCCUGAUCCAGGUAGGACACGAGCCGCUCCCUCCCACCCUGGGCAGGAACCUGUUCGGCAGACAGGUGUACCAGCUGCCCGGCCUGUUUGCCUAUGCAAAACACAUCAUCAAGAUUGAUGGGAAAGCAGGUCUCUUCAAAGGGCUCGUCCCAAGGCUGGGCGCAAGCACCAUCGGCACUGUUGUGCACAGCAAAGUUGUGCAGAAAUGUCAGGAACAAGGCACACCUCAGGUAUUAGGCGGUCAGCAGAAGGCUUUGGAGGGUUCCCUACAGCACGUUGUUAACGAGACAACCAAAGAGAUGAUAGCUCGUUCCUGUGCCACCAUUGUCACACAUCCCUUUCAUGUGAUUACUUUGCGAUGUAUGGUCCAGUUUAUUGGGAGGGAAACAAAAUACAGUGGGGUGUUUGACUCCAUCGUCACAGUCUACAGAGAAGAAGGCAUACUGGGCUUCUUUGCUGGGCUGAUUCCUCGCCUGCUUGGUGACGUCCUGUCUCUGUGGAUUUGUAACCUUCUGGCUCACCUCAUCAAUACAUAUGCCAUCGAUGACUCGAUGAGUCAUACAGGAGAAAUCAAGAACUGCUCUCAGGCAGUGACAGGGUUCUUCGCCAGUAUGCUCACAUACCCUUUUGUCUUGGUGUCAAACCUCAUGGCUGUCAAUAACUGCGGGCUCGCUGGAGGCCUGCCACCCUAUGCAUCAGGAUAUCCCACCUGGGUGGACUGCUGGAGGCAUCUAAGCAGAGAGGGCAACAUGAGCAGAGGCAACAGUUUAUUUUUCCGGAAGCUUCCAGCAGGGAAGAUGUACGCAGUUGACCAGAAGAGAUUUUUUUAAAGCCUCAAGAGAACUGAGCUGAACAAAGUUGUGAUACUAAAAAAAAUCAAUAUUGCCUGAUCUGGGGGUUGGAAAGUUGGCACUUAAUCCUUUUUUGUAUGCACUUGUUUACUAUCUUUUUUUCCCCCCUCUAUUAACAACCUGCCAUCAUGUGAAAUAAAAGCGCAUUAGUUUUCAGUUAA